AUGUUCCCGGACACACACAAGGAAGCGACACCCAAAGAGCCUGUACGAAGCGAUUCGCCGCAAGGGCCUCCAUCACCAAAGCUCGCCGACGGACCCACGACGGUUGACACACCAACGUCGGUUGACUCACCCACGAUCGAUCCAAACGCAAUACACCCAAAGAGGCUAAGGUCGAUUCUGACAAAAAGGUUCAUGAAGAAACGUUACGAGGCGGGUCCCAAAGAUCUGGCACCUCUGCACAUUGGCCGACAUCCAAUCCCGUGGAGUAUGCCCAACGAAGAAGAUCUUCGUAUGAUCUUUGUCCCAGAACUUGUCGAAUGGAUACAAUCGUCAGACUACGAGGGUCACGCCCGCGAUCGCUGCUUUUGCUCCCUCGUUCUGCACAUCUUGAGCAAACGUCUACCAGACGACGUCAUCCACAACGACCCCAUCGACCGCGAUGACUUUCGGGGCAGACUUGGCGAGCUCUUCUCGGACGACGGAAUGCCUCUCGACCACCUCCUUGAUCACUGUGCGAAUGGGUACAACAUUCAGAAGGUCAGGAAGGUACACAAGCGGCCAAUGACGCAUAACACUUAG